CUCGUCUAUAUGACUACAAUGUUGAACAAUGCAUAAAUAAUUUCAUUGAUGCUGUUAGGACUCAAGUAAGAAUUUUGUGUACUCUUCAUAUGAAGUGUCCUAGUGGUUUUUGAUAAGAGUACAAUGCAGCCCAUGCAUUUAAUCUAAUACUUAUAUGCACUCCCUCUAUUGUAAUUUUAUUUGGCUUUGAUGAACAGGCAAAUGUGACACGUAUAAAUCACAUCAUGUGGACAAUGGGUGAUGAUUUUCAGUACUAAUAUGUUGAAUCAUGGUUCAAACAAAUGGACAAGUUUAUCCAUUAUGUUCAAGGAAACCUCAAAAAUGAUACUUCUUCGGGGCCAGUUGAGGGUUCAAAUUCUAGCAGCUCAAAUGUCCGCAAGUUCACCAGUGGUGGGAAGACACCUAGAAAUAAGCUGUUACGUGAUGCCUGCCAGAUCCAGUCCAUUCUUAAAAAACCAAUUGCUUAAGAGAGUCUUUGCCCUAGAAAAUUGCAAAUGGAGCAGGCCUAUCCUUCCCAAUCUUCAGAUUUGCUUCAAUCUAGUCUUCAGGGUAAGCUUCCAGGACAAAUCACCAGGGAUAAAAGAUCCAAAGGGAAAUGCAGAAGACAACUGUGGGGAUGAUUUUCAAAAUAAUGAAAAAGAAAGUACUACUAAAAUGAGAAGUGAUCUCUUGCAAUUCAGAGCUGCUCAGGUGAUCCUAUCUUCGGACUUUACCAACUUGAUGGAUCCUGAACAUAGAGGGGAACUACCACCAGAUAGUUUUUCUGCUUCAUCCAAUGCAUUUCCUGGGUAUGUAUAUAAUGUAAUAUCUCCAAGAUAAGACAAUGGAUAUCAAGCUUCGCACACAGCAAUGAGCUUCCCUACGA